CGGGGCGCGCGGAGAGGACCGGCGCCGGGAGAGGACGCCGAGGAGAGAAAAGCCGGCGGCCCGGUGGGGCAGAGGGGCGAGCAGCAGGCGGGUUGCACGGGGGUGUGGGGCGCUGAGUGGCGCCGGGACAGCGGGGAGCAGCUGAGCACGGCGGCCGCGGCAGCUGGGAUUUGGGCCGCGGUUCGGCCGGGCCGGCCGAGCUGAACUGGCCAUCAUGGAGGAAGAGCUGCAGCAUUCGCACUGCGUUAAUUGUGUCAGUAGACGAUGUAUGACAAGACCAGAGCCUGGGAUUUCCUGUGACUUGAUUGGUUGUCCAUUGGUUUGUGGAGCAGUUUUCCAUGGAUGUAAGGCUGAUGAGCAUCGACUUCUAUGUCCAUUUGAACGAGUGCCUUGCUUAAAUAGUGACUUUGGAUGUCCAUUUACAAUGGCUCGAAAUAAAGUUGCUGAACAUCUAGAAAUGUGUCCUGCAAGUGUGGUGUGCUGUACGAUGGAAUGGAACCGAUGGCCAGUUAGUUAUGCAGACCGGAAAUCAUAUGAAAAUCUAAGCAGAGAUGUUGAUGAAGUGGCACAAUUAGAUAUGGCCUUGGCCCUUCAAGACCAACGGAUGCUCUUAGAAUCUCUUAAAGUAGCCACCAUGAUGUCAAAAGCAACUGAUAAAGUGUCAGAACCUAGAGAACAGAUCUCAGUUAAACCAAGUGUCUCAGAAAUACCACAUACUAAUGGUUUGGUGUCUGUUGAUGAAGAAUCUUAUGGUGCACUGUAUCAAGCUACUGUUGAAACAACCCGAAGUUUGGCUGCUGCUUUAGAUAUUCUGAAUACUGCUACAAGAGACAUUGGCAUGUUAAGUACGAGUCUUUGUGCUUCCCCAAAUGAAAUGAAUGAAGAGCAAAAUGCCAGAGAAAGCUUACAGAAUAGAAACCCGAAAGACCAGGACCAUCUUUAUGAGGAUGAGAUGGGAGCAGUAGGUGGGAUUGACCAUAAGGACACAAGUCAGAGUGCCCAGUUGGAACAAAAUGGCUCAAGUGAUUUAUUGUGUGACUUGGAUGCCAGUUCUUAUGGCACUCCUGCUCUUUGUAAUGGCUUUCCUUUGGAAGAUAUAUGUGCACAGGUCAUUGAGCAGAACCAGGAUUUACGUACUGACUCAAAACAAAGUAACUUAACAAAUGGAGAAUGUGUAGCAUCAGAUGGCUCUUCAGAACCUUCUAGUUCACUUUUAGUAGCAGCACAAAUUAGGGAAGUAAUACCACCUGAUGCUUUGCCUAAUGGCACAGUUCAGCAUAUCCUCAUGCCAGAUGAUGAUGAAGACUUGUGUUGGAAAAAGGUAGACUUAGGGGACCUACGGAAUGUGGAUGUCUUAUCUUUCAGUCACCCUCCUUCAUUCAAAUUUCUUUCGAAUUCAUGUUGGUCUAAACCAAAGGAAGAUAAAGCAGUAGAUACAUCAGAUUUGGAAGUUGCGGAAGAUCCAAUGGGUCUCCAGGGAAUAGAUCUAAUCACAGCAGCAUUACUGUUUUGUCUAGGAGAUUCUCCAGGUGGAAGAGGUAUAUCUGAUAGUCGAAUGGCUGAUGUUUAUCACGUUGACUUUGGGACUCAGACUUUUUCACUUCCAUCUGCCAUUUUAGCUACAAAUACAAUGGUUGGGGAAAUAGCUUCAGCUUCAGCUUGUGAUCAUGCCAACCCACAGCUUUCAAAUCCAAGCCCUUUUCAGACACUGGGGCUGGACUUAGUAUUGGAAUGUGUUGCUAGGUACCAGCCCAAGCAGCGUCCAAUGUUUACAUUUGUUUGUGGACAAUUAUUUAGAAGAAAAGAAUUUUCAUCGCAUUUUAAGAAUGUGCAUGGUGACAUUCAUGCUGGACUCAAUGGCUGGAUGGAACAGAGGUGUCCUCUAGCAUAUUAUGGUUGUACCUAUUCACAGCGUAGAUUUUGUCCGUCAACACAAGGAGCAAAGAUUAUACAUGAUCACCAUUUGCGGUCAUUUGGAGUUCAGCCGUCUGUAUCCACAGUGUUAGUAGAGCCUGCUAGAAACUGUGUGCUGGGUUUACAUAGUGACCAUCUAAGUAGUCUUCCUUUUGAAGUCCUGCAACAUAUUGCAGGGUUUCUCGAUGGCUUCAGCUUAUGCCAGCUCUCAUGUGUAUCCAAGUUAAUGAGGGAUGUAUGUGGCAGUCUUCUCCAGUCUCGCGGAAUGGUCAUACUUCAGUGGGGGAAAAAGAAGUAUCCAGAAGGAAAUUCGUCAUGGCAGAUCAAAGAAAAGGUAUGGCGAUUCAGUACCGCAUUUUGUUCUGUCGAUGAAUGGAAGUUUGCUGACAUCCUGAGCAUGGCUGACCACCUGAAGAAGUGCAGUUACAACAUUGUAGAGAAGCGGGAGGAAGCGAUCCCACUGCCGUGUAUGUGCGUGACGCGAGAACUCACUAAAGAGGGACGUUCACUUCGCUCAGUUUUAAAACCUGUACUUUAAAAAGUCAAAUUCCACUUGCACAUAUGUGCAAGCUCCUAGUAUAAUUUCUUUGUAAUAUGUGACACUUUAUUAAUGUAUUAAAGAUUACAACUAGCUAAAUUUAUUGUCACUAUGUAUAUAAUGUUUUGAAGUGACAUAUAUUUUUAUAAAGUACUGAUUAGUUGGGAAAAAGUUGCCUUAAUAUUUGAAAUGUGUGAAUUUUUUGGAACUUGCUGGACAGGGUGAUUUAAUUUUUAGCUACAUAAUUUUCAGAAUUAGUAUUUUUAAUGGUGUGCAUAUUUUGGUUCUUACAUUUUUUGCUUCUUAAACUAACAAGAUCCUGACCAAACAAUUUAUUCCUCAUUUUCUGUGGGUUACAACCCAUGCAUUCAAAAAGCAAAACUUUGAUUCUGAUUUUUACAUCAUAGGCUCUUCAGAUAAAGCAUUCAGUUGCUUAAGCACUGCAUAAAAACAUUAUAAAAUUUUUAUUUUCUAGUGUUCCCCUUACAUAACUGUUGAUAUGGAGAUGAUCUGUAAUGUAUACAUAAUAUUUAAAUCGUGAAUGAUGUGGAUAAUGCCAUUUGUCGUGUUUUAAAAAAGUCCACAAAAAUGUUGUCUCCUGUUGUGUUUACACCUCUCAUACAGAGAGUUACCAUUUGCAGCUUUUUUUGGUUAGAUGCCACAUCCAAAGACUCAUGGCAAUAUGUUACGUGAUAGGUUAAAGCAAAACAAAACAAAAAGCCUGUGAAUUUAAUUUGAAAUUGUAUAUAUUUGCUAGGAAUUUGAUAUUUGGAGAGAAGAAGAUACAGUCGACCCUUCAUAUCUGCAUAUGCAUGGAUUCAAUCGAAGGAUGAAAAAUAUUUGGAAAAAAAAAUUUCAUGAAAUUCCAAAAAACACAACUUGAAUUUGCCACUCAUCUUCAACUAUUUACAUAGCACUUACAUUAUAUUUGGGCUUUCCUGGUGGCUCAGACAGUAAAGAAUCUGCCUGCAAUGCAGGAGACAUGGUUUGAUCCAUGGAUCGGGAAGAUCCCCUGGAGAAGGAAAUGGCCACCCACUCCAGUGUUCUUGCCUGGAGAAUUCCAUGGACAGAGGAGCCUGGCGGGCUACAGUCCAUGGGGUCGCAAAGAGUCAGACAUGACUGGGUGACUAACAUUACACUACUACUACAUUAUAUUUACAAUUAUU